ACUUCACAUAUGGUCAGGGAAUCGCCGUGUCGUGACAUUUCGGAUGUUUCCUAAACGUGAAACAGCUGCCAGAGGAUUUUUCCAAGAUUGCCACAAGCGGACUUUGACUCAGAGGAGGAGCUCAGAAAUCAGAUAUUUAAGGACUGUUUGUGCCUCAAAGACUGAAGAACCCAAACGAUAAAUUCAUCUUUGCUGUGAAACUGCUGAGGAGAGAUUGAGUAGACGGCGAUGAAGGUGUUUUGGGCGGUUCUUCUCCCUGUUGUAUUGGGCAGUGAUUGUAAAUUCAUGCCAUUCGACUGUUCUGACGUCUAUAACUCAGGAGAAACAGUCAGUGGGAUUUACACCAUCUAUCCAGCAGGAGACGUUCCUGUCUGGGUUUACUGUCACAUGACCUCAGAUGGGAAAGAUGAAGACAACGGAGGAUGGACGGUGAUUCAGAGGAGAAUGGACGGCAGUGUGAAUUUCUAUCGGCCGUGGCGUCAGUACAAGAGAGGAUUCGGGGCAACCGAGGGCGAAUACUGGCUGGGGCUGGAGAACAUGUACCAGCUGACGCGUAACAGAAAGUACAUGCUGAGAGUGGAUAUGGAGGACUUUGAAGGAAGGAAGGGUUUUGCUCUGUACUCGUCCUUCUCUGUGGAUUGUGAAUGUGUGGGAUAUCAGCUGCAUGUUUCAGGAUUCACUGACGGAGGAGCUGGCGACUCUUUAUCUGGCCAUAAUGAUCAGAAGUUCUCCACCUUUGACAAAGAUCAAGAUACCUAUGCGAAGAACUGUGCCAAAGAGUUUCUCGGGGGAUUUUGGUACGCAGCCUGUCAUAACUCAAACCCCAACGGUGUGUACUUAUGGGGAGAAGACGACUCCCAUCACGCCAUUGGUGUUGUUUGGUCAACCUGGAAGAAUUACGCUGUCAGUAUGAAAUCCAUCAGCAUGAAGAUCAAACGUGUGUCUUAGAGACGUCAGAGUGCUUCUGAAGGGGAACAUUGGGCAUUUUACAACAUUUAAUCAUGUGUUAAUAUCUCUUUGAAAAGUGUGUUUGCAUUAAAACCUUUCUUUAACUUAC